GUUUGUGUGCAAGGGCAGACAGGAUGUGCGGUGCUUGUCAGCAUGCGCCAGGAGAUGAAAGGCCGGAGAGGGUGUGGAAGAAGCCGAGUGCCGUUCAGUUUCCCCGUGAACUGGAGUGAAUUGACGCAUUAUAACCGUGUUGGCUGGGAGGUUGCAGCCCUGACUAACUCGGCGGAGGAGAGGCAGACUCCUGGUGAGAAGCUACAUCACGAUGCAGGGGAGCUUUUCACAAGUGUGGACUGGACGUCUGCGUGAGACGGUGAGCGGUGCUUGUGGCCAGACGAGACGAGACCUUUAAGUACAUACCUUGGGAUUUCUCGGUCACGUGACCCGGUAACUCCAACCUGCCUUCUCACAGCCCGCCGCCCGCCUCUCACCAUUGAAUAAAAAGGAUGGCUGAGGUUCCCAUGUCAUGUGAUUGUUUUGUCUCUUUGCCUCCUGGCUCUCGCGAUGACCACGUUAUUUUUGCGAAGAACGCAGACCGUCCCCGAGAUGAGGUGCAAGAGGUGGCCCACUACCCUGCAGAAUCUCACCCUCCAGGCUGCAUGCUGGAGUGCACAUACAUCCAGAUCCCACAAGUGGAGCUGACCCACGCUGUCAUCCUCAGCAAACCUGCCUGGAUGUGGGGCGCUGAAAUGGGAGCCAAUGACCAGGGGGUCUGCAUCGGGAAUGAGGCCAUCUGGACCCGAGAGCCCAUCGGCUCCGGAGAGGCUCUGCUGGGCAUGGACUUUGUCAGACUUGGGUUGGAGCGUGGCGACAGUGCCUGGUCAGCGCUGACGGUGAUCACCAGCCUCCUGGAGCAGCAUGGCCAGGGGGGGCAGUGCAAGGAAGACACCGUGCCCUUCAGCUACCACAACACCUUCCUCCUGGUGGACCGUAACGAGGCCUGGGUCCUGGAAACUGCUGGAAGGCUGUGGGUGGCGCAGAAGGUCACAGAGGGUGUGAAGAACAUCUCCAACCAGCUGACCAUCGGGACGGAGGUGUCCGCAGAGCACCCAGAGCUGCGGCACGUGGCCCAGGCUCAGGGCUGGUGGAGCGGUGAGGGGGAGUUCAACUUCGCUCGGGUGUUCAGUCCCGAGAACCCGCCUGCCAGGAUGGAGCUGGCAAAACAGCGCUAUAAGGGAGGCACAGAGCUACUUCAGCAACAUGACGGCUCAGUGACAGCAGCUGUGAUGAUGUCCAUUCUGAGGGACAAGCCCAGUGGUAUCUGCAUGGAUUCUGGAGGUUUCUGCACCACAGGCAGCAUGGUAUCUGUCCUGCCCAGAGACACCAGCCAGCCCUGCAUCCACUUCUUCACUGCCACCCCAGAUCCCUCCCGGUCUAUAUUCAAGCCUUUUAUCUUCUCGGACUUUACUACUCCUGUGCUGAGGGUGGUCUCCCCACAGUUCGGCCUAGAUGACCCUGUGAGGAAGCAGCCUCGCUUUCAGAGCCAGGUGGACCGAAGACAUGACCUGUACAAGGCCCACCAGGUGGCGCUGAGCACCAUGGAGGCCAACCCGGACGAGGGUUCAGCUGUCUUUGAGAUUCUGAGGGAACUGGAGUCGCAGUGUCUGAGCGAGAUUUCAGCCAUGCUGAGUGGAGAGAUAUCAGGAGAAGAAUUGGGGGACUUGUUUUUUGAUUCCGUGGACACAGAAAUCAAGUUUUACCAGUGAGGAGCGCCCUCAGGUGGACAUCCCUAUUGCUAGCAGAGUUGCAGGAGAAGGCCUCGGUUAAUAAGACCCCAUGUUCCUCAUCUGAUCGGGCUCUGCCUCACUCACACAACACA